AUGCCUACGGUCGCCUGUAUCGAUGUCAAAGAUCUUAAGCCCAGCGAUAUCAUUAUAGUUCUUUUGGGCCUUACUGGUUCCGGGAAAAGCACAUUCAUCAACACCGCCACACGGCAUAACAACAGACAUGUAGGACAUAACUUGGAUCCAUGUACCAGGCAACUGGAGGUAGUUCGGUAUCGUGAUGACAAGGAGGAUAUCGUUUUUAUAGAUACGCCAGAUAUUGAUGGCCUGGGGUUUACUGCAGCAUGGUGGGAAAAAGUGACCCGGAACAUUGUCCUCACAGGCAUCAUCUACGCCCAUCGAAUAACGGACAAUCGCCGAGUAUCCGUCGCACGUAACCUUAAGUUAUGCAAGGUCUUGCAUACAAAAGGCACUGUCCGGCAUGUCACCUUCAUCACGACGAUGUGGACGGAGGUGGAAGAGGGCGAAGGUAAACGAAGGGAAGAGCACCUCUUGGAGGAUUUCUGGACACCAACGUUUCGGCUCAAGUCCGGCUUAAUGCGUUUCGAGAACACGGUCGAGUCUGCCUGGAAUAUCAUCCGUGUUGUCACAACAGAAGCUCGGGGGCGACUCUCGAGGGAACGCGUGGAUAACAGACUACUCGAUUCGAUCAGGCUGACUCAAUUAGGGCAAAUUGUCUUUGAGGAACAUCUGCGACUUUGUCAGGAACUGAGCCGUAUCACUCGAGAGCUGCGUAGGGAAGUCUCAAGUGCAGAAGGGGAUGCUACACUCAAGAAGGAGCUCGACCGCAUCGAGGAUCUAAUAAAUAAAUCAAUGAUGCAAACACAAGGGAUCAAGAUUCCUAUCUCCCGCAGGCUCAAACACUUUCUACUCUUGAAGAUACCGAUGAAGAUGGGUUUGAUCCCAAUUAGAACCCAGCCGGUCUUCAAGCUGGAACGAGCCACAUUAUCUAGAAGUACUGUACACAUAAGCAAUACACCCAUCACCAUGACAGACGCGUCUGUAAUUACAGGAUCAAUUGAUCUAUCCAGCAGCAAUCGCCUCAAUUCUGCAAGCCUGUCUUCCGAGGCUGAACCCUUUUACUCGCUCUUUACAUGGUCAAAUUACUCGGAAGGCUCAGCGUCUACGCCUGAACGUGGGGGCCAUCCUUUCGUCGCUUCUGCUUCUCAUGAGAGGCCCCGACGGAACUCCUUCGACUCCUCAAUCGUCCCCGUCAAUAUCAACCCCUUAGCUACUGCAUCUGUCGUCACAUUCAGGUCCUUCCCGUGCUCCGUACAAGCAAACAUCUCACGUUCCACAGAUGAGAUAACGGUGACGGGCAACAGCUCCCUCCAGGUUGGACGAUUAGCGGACCAGCUUUCAGACUGCAUUAGGGACCUGACCCAAGUGAUUACCGAAGCUGCGCGUCUCAACCUCCCUCGAGUCAACAUCAACGAAGGCGAUAAAUACUUUGGUCCGAUCUACAAUUUUGGCGGAUUCGUUGGCGGUAGAAACAAUUUCAACAACCUCAACAACGCGACGAAUGGAUUGGUCGAACUUCAAGAGCUAGACAAACGCAAUCUCCGCCUUAAGAAGGCCACUGGUACACAUUCUUGCUUUCGGUGGCACGACGAUAUCGGAUGUGAGGUCUAA